CAAAAAAGUAUCAGGAGUUGUCAAGGCAGAGAGAGAGAGAGAGAGAGUGUGUGUGUGUUUGCAAAAGGGGGGAACGGAGUUUGCUGGCUCUUUAAGACUGAGGCGGAGAGACAGAAAGAGAAAGAAGGAGAAGGGAGAAAGGAGGAAGAAGUUUGUUUUUUUUUUAAACCAAGGCUCCAGUAAUAAUAAUAAUAAUUAUUAUUAUUAAUCCAUCCGCCAAGAGGAAGAGGAAGAUUCCAACCCUGAGCCCAGUGUGUGUUUUUGGGGAGCCCCCUUCCCCCCUUCCACACCCCUCCCUAGGAAGACACGCACAAAAAAGUCCAGCUUGGGACUUUGUGUGGCGGCGGCGGCUGCUGCUUCUCGCUUCUCUGCCGAAGGCUUGUUCCAGGCAAGAGCCGUUUGAAUGUACAACAUGAUGGAAACCGAGCUGAAGCCUCCCGCCCCCCAGCAAACUUCGGGGGGAGGCACGGGCAACUCCAACUCGGCCGCCAACAACCAGAAGAACAGCCCGGACCGGGUCAAGCGACCCAUGAACGCGUUCAUGGUGUGGUCCCGCGGCCAGCGGCGGAAGAUGGCCCAAGAGAACCCCAAGAUGCACAACUCCGAGAUCAGCAAGCGGCUCGGGGCGGAGUGGAAACUUUUAUCCGAGGCGGAGAAGAGACCUUUCAUUGACGAAGCCAAGCGGCUCCGAGCCCUGCAUAUGAAGGAGCACCCGGAUUAUAAAUACCGACCCCGGAGGAAAACCAAGACCCUCAUGAAGAAGGAUAAGUACACGUUGCCCGGGGGCUUGCUGGCCCCGGGCACCAAUACCAUGACCACUGGGGUAGGGGUUGGGGCCACCUUGGGAGCUGGGGUGAACCAGAGGAUGGACAGUUAUGCUCACAUGAACGGCUGGACCAACGGAGGCUAUGGGAUGAUGCAAGACCAGCUCGGCUACCCGCAGCACCCGGGCUUGAACGCUCACAACGCGGCUCAGAUGCAGCCCAUGCACCGCUACGACGUGAGCGCCCUGCAGUACAACUCCAUGACCAGCUCGCAGACUUAUAUGAACGGAUCGCCCACCUACAGCAUGUCUUACUCCCAGCAAGGGACCCCGGGGAUGGCCCUGGGAUCCAUGGGCUCGGUGGUCAAGACGGAGUCCAGCUCGAGCCCCCCCGUAGUCACUUCUUCUUCCCAUUCAAGGGCUCCAUGCCAAGCUGGGGACCUUCGGGACAUGAUCAGCAUGUAUCUACCAGGUGCUGAAGUACCAGAACCAGCUGCCCCAAGCAGACUUCAUAUGUCCCAACACUACCAGAGUGCACCUGUUCCUGGUACAGCCAUUAAUGGCACACUUCCUCUAUCACAUAUGUAAGACAAAAGGGUUGGGGGGGGGGGAAACUACACAAAACAAAGAAACAAACAAAACACUUUUAUUAGAGAUUCUGGACUUUUUUUUUUGGACUAUUUUUGUACAGAGAAAACUGGGGAGGGCAUACAGAAAACCAACAAGGAACUUGUAUAGCUCUGGAGGGGAAGAAACUACACAAAACUUUUAAAAAGUUCUAGUGAAACGGUAGGAACUUUGCAGAAAGUUUGCAGAAGUCUUUACCAAUAAUAUUUAGAGCUAGUCUCAAAAAGCGACGAGAAAAAAAAUGUUUUAAUAUUUGCAAGCAACUUUUGUACAGUAUUUAUCAAAAUAAACAUGGCAAUCAGAAUGUCCAUUGUUUAGAUAGGAAAAAAAACUUGAGAAUUUGCCAAUUAAUAAAAACAAACAAAAAUAAAAAUAAAAACCGUCUAUUUGGAGCAUUGUGAUAACUGCAGCUGAAUUUAUAGCAGCUGGAGAAAGCGUGGAUAUUAUUUUACAAAAUUUGGACAUUUUAAUUGUUUUAGAAAUUGUACAAAAGGCAAAAAAAGGUAGGCUAAGUACUUGCAAAACCACUGAAUUGUUUUGCUAUAAAAGGGCAAGAGUUUAGAUUGUACUUUUUUUGGUUUUGUUUUUUGUUUUUUACUUAUUGUUAAAAAGCAGAAAUUGCCAUGCAGGUUCACACACCAUUUGCUAAUUUAUAAUAGCUUUUUUGUUUCCAAACUUCAU